AUGAUUAAACAAUGUUUGUGGAUUGUAUUUUUGUGGAGGGUAGCGUACUCCAGUCCUCAGUGUUCUGUGACUGAAGUAAAGAGUCUACUCGAGGGUUGUGAGCGGCUUACAGGGUUGAAUAUAACCACCGUCGGCGGCACCAUAGUUAAUGACCAUAACUGUGAUGUCCUUCUUCCGAAACAAGUGUUCUUUGAGGAACCGCUGUUCCAGUACCCGUUGGCUGAUUCGAAAAAGUUCUACACUUUGAUCAUGGUUGACCCAGAUGCUCCACCACAGAUAGAUGGCGAGUUUUAUCUUCAUAUGGUAAAAUCUAACAUACCGGGCCUGGCAUUGAAAGCUAAAGAGAGUAGCAAAACAGUUGGUAUAGAUUACAGAGGGUAUAAGUCACCAGCGCCACCUCGCGGUUCAGGCCCGCACCGCUACGUCAUCCUACUGUAUGAACAGGCUGACGGCAACAGUUUCCUACCCUCAGUUCCUUCGUCACGCCACAGAUUCUCACUCGCCAAGUGGCUCGUCGGUAAAAAUAUCUGUGGACCAGUUGCUGGAAUGGAAUUCAAGACUGAAUACUAG